AUGAUGGGUGUGGAACGGAUUCUGGGUCGAUAUCUUGUCAAUCAGUUUACAUCCUCGCCGUCGAAGAGAGCAUUUUUCACGUAUAACCCUGCCCGGCCGAGGUUGGUUGGGUAUUAUUCGGCCUCUGCCACGAGAAGAGCAGCUAUUGUUCCUGUCUCAACUGCUGUUGCCGCUGCUGCCACGAUGGCUACCGCUGCGGGUGCGGUCGUGUACGAGAGUUCGGUGACGAAACCAGUCAGGGCAGGCAACCUCCCCGACGACGCAGCUUCAAAUCCUCAUCAUGUUAAAGAUGCGGGCGGGAGACAUGUCAAGUUUCGGAAUCCGUACCCCUCGGCGGGGGAUCCAAAGCCGACGAUGUUCCAGACCUUACGGGCAAUCUUGACCGCCAAACUCCAAGGAAACCUCCCCACACCCGACACCUCAGCAGCCAACAUCCCCUCCUGCCCCCCAUCAUUCUCUCCCACAAGGGAAAACACCUCCCUCCGAGCAACCUGGCUCGGUCACGCAUGCUACUACGUUGAGUUCCCCUCCGGUCUGAGGGUUCUCUUCGACCCUGUCUUUGAAGACCGCUGUGCUCCCGUGCAGUGGUUCGGGCCGAAGCGUUACACACCUCCACCGUGUAAACUAGGGGAUCUACCCAUUGUCGACGCGGUGGUGAUCUCGCACAGUCAUUAUGACCAUUUGAGUUAUUCUUCUAUCAAAGACAUCCAAACACACCAUCCCAACGCCUGGUUUUUCGUCGGGUUGGGGUUGGAGAAGUGGUUCAAGGCUAGUGGGGUGGAAAAGGUGGUGGAGAUGGAUUGGUGGGAAGGGGUGAAGAUGAGUUUGACUCCGGAGGGGGGGAAGGGACAGGGGGGGAUGGAGGCGGAGAUUACCUGUCUGCCGUGUCAGCAUUCGAGCGGGAGGAAUGGGCUUGAUCAUGACAAGACUCUCUGGGCGAGCUGGGGGGUUAAAUCCGGGGGGAAGAGUGUUUGGUUUGGGGGUGAUACAGGAUAUAGGAGGGUGCCGCAGUUGCCGGUUACUCAAUGGAAGGAUCCGGCGGCGGAUUACGGGCCAGAGUAUGAGAGUUUGCCGAAGUGCCCGCAGUUUAAGCAGAUCGGGGAGAGGAUGGGCCCGUUUGAUCUGGGAUUGAUACCCAUUGGGGCGUAUCAUCCGAGGUGGUUGUUUAGCUGGAUGCAUGCGAAUCCGUAUGAUGCGGUGGAGAUCUUCAAGGACACGAAGUGCAAGAAGGCGAUGGGGAUACAUUGGGGCACGUGGGUGCUGACGAGCGAGGAGGUGGAGGAGCCGCCGAGAUUGCUGAAGCAUGCGUUGAAGAGGAGUGGGAUACAGGAAGAGGGUGUGUUUGGGGUGUGCAAGAUAGGAGAGACAAAGGAGUUUUAG